AUGGGGGCUUCAUCUGGAUGGAGUGGGUCCUCGAAUUCCCAAACUACUAAUGCCGGUUUUGGUAAUAGUGGAUGGGGAGCUGGCACCGGAGCUGGAUUUGGGACAUCAGGAUUUGGCACCGGUGGCAGUGUUGGUACAGCAGGAUUUGGCACCGGUGGAGGUGUUGGCAGUGCAGGAUUUGGCAGACCAGGAUUUGGCGCCGGCGGAGGCGUUGGGACACCAGGAUUUGGCGCCGGCGGCAGUGUUGGUACAGCAGGAUUUGGCACCGGUGGAGGUGUUGGCAGUGCAGGAUUUGGCACACCAGGAUUUGGCGCCGGCGGAGGCGUUGGGACACCAGGAUUUGGCACACCAGGAUUUGGCGCCGGCGGUGGCGUUGGCACACCAGGAUUUGGCGCCGGUGGUGGCUUUGGGACACCAGGAUUUGGCAUCGGUGGUGGUCACAUCGGAACUGGAGGUCUUGGCUGGGGCAGAGGUGGCUUUGGAAGACUCAACAGCUUUGUCAACCCCAUGCUCAACACAACUAUAACCUGCACCUUUUCAAACACUGGCAUCACUGGCUCCAUUACCCUGAAGAGGCAGCAGAACUGGGGAGGAUGGGGAAUGGGAUGGGGACAAACAUCAGGCAGAAAUAUCGGUGGAUCACUCGUCAUCAGAACAUCAACCGUUUCCGGAACCUACAACCUUGUUUUCACUGAGCGAUCCCGUGACGGAACCAAAACUUCCGACAGUCUUGGCCCAGUAAUCGGGGCCACCCAGUGGGGCCAGUCCAGUGGAUGGGGAGGCCAGUCCAGUGGAUGGGGAGGACACGGAUUGAGAAACCUGUGGAGCAACCCUUGGUCCAACACGUUCGGCACUGCCAGUUCCAACACACAGGGAGUCGCCACAACCGUCACCCUUUCAACCAACCAAGAAACCGUCGUCGACCUUGCAUCUGCUAACUUACCCUUCAGGGACCUUAAUCUUUACGGAGGGCGUGGUCUUGGACUGUGUGCCACUCUGACCACUGACACCAAUGGCCGUACUGUCUGCGCAGAUCCAAUCCUUGCCUGCUGCACACUGGGCUUUGACAACCAGGACGCUGUGACGCCUGCAGCUCCCUAA